CAAUAGCUGAAGGGCAAUAAACCAGUAAUUUUAUAUUGUUUUCGUGAUUUCUUCACAUUUGAGUGUUUAUUUAAUAAAAAAAAACUUUUAAGAAUAUGGCCGGAGUCACCAGACCUUUGAGUCAGAUGAGAAAAAUUGAGUCUAAAGAAGCUUUAUUUCGCGCCAGAAAACGCAUUCUAAAGUACUUGGUGUUGAGUUUCUUGAAGCAGGAGGGAUUCUUCCACACUGCUGAGACCUUCGCGUCUGAGGCCUCCCUUACCGGGGAAUACGAGGUCUGCGAUAAUAUAGACUUGGACAUCAUUUUACAGGACUACUGCAGUUACUACCUCAUACGGUUCAACAAGCAGCCACAGUUUUGUCGCAAGGUAGAAGAGAAGCAGCUACCCCGACGCCCUGUUACUCGGCGAGUGAGGACAGAGCGCGCGGUGGAUGUACCACAUCCCGACACAGAUGCUGAUCUGCCCUCCACGUUUACUGUCACCAGGAUGCUCAGGGAGAAUGAAGAUAUGCCAAAAAAUAAAAACAAUGCACUGGAUUGCAAACCUCUAACGGGUUUUAUUGCGAAAAUGUCUCCCGAAAAGAAACAACUUGUAGAAUUACUUUACCAGGAUAUCGUCAAGCCAAUGGAUAUAGCUUGGGACGAUAUCAAGGGACUGUCCUCGGCGAAGAGUUUACUAAUGGAAUCUGUAGUUUACCCCGUCAGGUAUCCAGAAGUAUUUACUGGUCUUCUAGAACCCUGGCGAGGUGUGUUACUUCACGGGCCCCCAGGAACUGGCAAGACAAUGCUGGCGAGAGCUGUAGCCAGUGAGAGCUCAUGUACCUUCUUCAAUAUAUCAUGUAGCACGGUUAUUAAUAAAUGGAGAGGAGAAUCGGAGAAAAUAAUCAAGGUUCUUUUCGAAAUGGCGUCCUACUACUCGCCCUCAAUAAUUUUUAUUGAUGAAGUAGAGACCAUAGCUUCAGAUCGUUCAGCUUCGGGAGAACACGAGGCGUCAAGGCGCAUGACUGCUCAGCUACUCACAGAGCUGGAUGGUAUCAGCAAACGGGACGGUGUGGUGUUCUUAUUGGCUAACUCUAAUAUGCCAUGGGUUUUAGAUCCAGCAAUGUUAAGAAGGCUGGAGAAGCGAAUAUACAUACCUCUACCAGACUUCAAGACUCGAGUGGAAUUGUUCGAGAAAUUUCUCAACGUGAAAAACGUGGAGUUGUACCCGAAGGUGAAUUUUGAGGAGCUGGCUGCGAAGACCGAGGGCUAUUCAGGCAGCGAUAUCAAGCUGGUCUGUAAGGAGGCACUCAUGUGUACCGUCAGGAAGAUGCUGCCGAAUAUGAACGCGAGAGGCAGCGCAACCCAACGGAAAGACCGAGUGCAGUUAUCGGACUUAUUGUCAGCGAUUGAAAAAACGAAGCCGGUCUCCAAGAACCUGGCGAAGAGACACAUCGAUUGGCAGAACGAAAUGGGAUGUUCAUAGACCAUUAUUAUAAUAAUAAUCUUAGGAUGAUUCACACAGCGCCAUCUAUUUAGCGCCCAAGUUAAGCUAGCUAAUUCAAUUC